AUGACGAAGAAGUCUUCUUUGAACCCUAAAACAACAAAGUUCGAAUUUGGUGGGGUCCUAGGUACAAUGGUCAUGACCGUGGCACUCCCCAUUCUCUCCGUCAUACUAAACCAAAUGAUCAGACCAGAUUAUCAUAUUGAAGGCUGUUUCCGGAAUUUUGACUGGAAUCGAGUAACUCAAGGAUUACAGCCAGUCUCAGGAUUGAUCUCUAAUACCCGUACUUGGACAUAUUACAUACUCUGGUUUCUAUCAUUGCUAUUCUUUGACACGGUGCUACCUGGAAAAUGGAUGCAAGGGAUUACGCUAAGAGAUGGAAGUUCGUUAUGGUAUAAGAUUAAUGGUAUUAGCGUAGUAGCCAUGCUAUCUUUGAUAUUGGCAGUUAGAUGGAAAUUGACGGAUGGUCUAAUGCCAGAGUUGCAAUAUUUAUACUCUCAUCAAGUUGAACUAUGUGUUGUCAGUAUCAUUUUUGCAUUUAUACUAGCCUGCUAUUGUUACGUGGUUAGUUUCAUCCCACUUUUAUUCAAUAAAACAAAUAAAGAGGGAACAAAGGAGAAAAUACUAGCUGUUGGUGGUAACUCUGGAAAUAUUAUUUAUGAUUGGUUCAUUGGAAGGGAAUUGAACCCAAGAAUUGGGCCCAUUGAUAUUAAGAUGUUUUGUGAACUAAGACCAGGUAUGAUGUUAUGGUUGCUGAUCAAUUUAUCAUGUUUACAUAAUUAUUAUUUGGAGUAUGACGGCAAAAUUAAUGAUGCCCUAUUGCUUAUAAAUUUGCUUCAAGGGUUUUAUAUCCUUGAUGGGGUGUUGAAUGAGGAAGGUGUGCUAUCAAUGAUGGACAUUACCACUGAUGGAUUUGGAUUUAUGCUAGCAUUUGGAGAUCUAACGUUUGUCCCAUUUACUUAUUCUUUACAGGCAAGAUACCUUAGCGUUUCACCAAUCCAUCUAGGCUAUGUCAAAUUUUUCUCGAUCUUAAGUUUAAUGUGCCUUGGGUAUUGGAUUUUUCAUUCAUCUAACUCGCAAAAAUCGAAAUUUAGACAGGGGAAAUUAUCACAUUUGAAAAGUAUUCAAACUAAACGUGGAACCAAAUUAUUAUGUGAUGGUUGGUGGGCGAAAUCUCAACAUAUGAACUAUUUUGGCGAUUGGUUAAUCUCAUUAAGUUGGUGUUUAACUACCUGGUUUCAAACCCCUUUAACAUAUUAUUAUUCCUUAUAUUUUGCAACACUAUUGCUACACAGGCAGCAACGAGAUGAAGAAAAAUGUCACGAAAAAUACGGUAAGGAUUGGGAAGAAUAUCAACGGAAAGUUCCAUAUAAAAUUAUUCCGUAUGUAUAUUAA